AACCAGCGGUUCUAUCGCCGGCAACCUCUCCGCCGCCGGAUCUCUGUCUCUGUCUCUCUCCGUGGCUGCGAAAGCCGCCGGUAACAGUGGACGUGAAGUGUACUAUUACAAACUCCCGUUUCUGUUGGCCAAGAAAAAGAAGAAGAAGAUGCUGGCAGCUUCGGCUUCGGCGAAUCGUACGGAUGACAUCGUCAAUAAGAAGAGCAAAUCGACGACGACGAUGCACGGACAGCACUUUAGCACGAGGAGACGAGGUGGGUUUUGGUCGUUUCUGCAUCUAUCCUCUUCUAAACACAAUAGCAGCAGCAGCAGCACGGCGACCAAGAAGAAAGUCGAGAACUUUCACCAUUCAAGAACGAGAACGACCACCAACAGCAGCAACAACCAGAGUGAGAAUGACGGUCAUGGUCUGUCGAAAUCAGACAAGAACGAGGCGAGGACGAAUCAGACAGAGACAGGGUCGUCUUCUUCAUCGAAGAAGGUAGGUGGAGGAAGUGGUAAAAGGAGCAGCAUUGAAGUGAUCGUGGAAGAUGAGAGUCCUAAUGCAAUAGUUGCAGAAACAACAGCAAGUAAUGUCAAUGGUGGGAAUUCAUCGGCUGGGAGGAAAGUGUCGAGAUCCAGAUCUGUAGGGUGUGGAAGCAGAAGCUUCUCCAAUGAUUUCUUUGGGAGAAUCUCAAAUGGGUUUGGCGAUUGUACAUUGAGAAGGGUCGAGUCACAGAGAGAAGGAGCUAACAGAGCAAAGGUCAACAGUAGUAGUAAUGGCAAUGGUGGAGGGAUGAGAGACGUGGUGAGGUGUGGUGGGAUCUUUAGUGGGUUAAUGAUGAUGGCAUCAUCAUCAUCCUCAUCUUCCUCCUCAUCAUCAUCACUGUCAGCUGGCCAUCAUCAUCAUCAUCAUGAAAAGCUGGUGCAUGGAAGGAACAGAAGCUGGGGAUGGGCUUUUGCAAGCCCCAUGAGAGCUUUCACCACCAAAGCUUCUUCUUCUUCUUCCUCCUCUGGUAAAGAUGGGAGAAGCGGCCGUACAAUUGCUGUGCCCACAAGCAAGAACAUGGAUGUCAUCCCUCCAUUGUUGGCCGUCAGAAGCUGAAAACCCCCAAAUUAGAGAACCCCGAAUGAAUCUUUGAUGCAAUAAAGUAUUUAAUCUUGAAAAGAAUACUUUAGUUUUUUUCAAGAAAUCUUUUGAUGUGUUUAAUUUUUUUUAGGUUUUCCUUUGUUCUUGAACAUUGGCUUGUGAUCUUUUGAUUCCAGUACUAUGUAUUGCCAUUGCCACCCUUUUCUUGUUCA